UCUCGCUGAGCGUUUCAAUUCGACGCGAAACGUGUGCGCUUUUGGUGUUGACGGCGACAGCAGCCGUAACGGGAAUAGUUUUAAAAACAACUGUAACUGUAAUGCAGUAGAUUGUUAUAAUAUUGAGCAAGUGAAUGAAUAAUUUGGAUUCAGUCAAAUUGCAAGUGAAGUGAAACGUUCUGCAAAGCACGUACAAGAAUAAAGCGCGCAAGCAAAGCAACAAAUUUAAAUUAAAAUAUUGAUCAUUUCGUGCAUUUACUCACGCCUGUUGCACCACAACUAGAUGCACGUGUGUUAAAGCGCUGCAUUUUGUUGUAAAAAUAUAAAGAAUUUGCAUACUCGACUCCUUGAGCUGCAGCGCGGCGUUUAAUUAUUCAUAAACUUGCCAUUUUUUGUAAGCGUGUCGCGUGUGAGAAGAGUAAAGCGCAUGCGCAACGAACAUCCUUUGAAAGCGAACGUGUCUGCAAUAGCAACAACAAAAACUGUGUGUGAAAAGACCUCGCUUGUUGAAAUUGAAAACAAUUUUUUAACAUUCAUAAAACGUUAAGUGGCCCAAGGAACUCUUACGCUCACACAUACAUAUGUACAUGUACAAGUGACACAAUAAAUUACAAAUUGCACGAAUUUAAUAAGCAAAUAAAAUAAUUUCCAAAGAAACCAAACUUAAAGAAAGAAGUGUCUGACAACUGAAGUACGCCGGAGUUGACGAAAUCGAAAGCUAUAACUAGCCCAUUGAACUGAACUGAUCGAAUUGCUGCAAUAUGGAUGCGAAGCUACUAAUCGCGCUGCUGAUCGCUAUCAACUGUUACUCCAGCUGUGGAGCAGCUUUACGACGCACGCCAAAAGUCUACAAUGCGCUCAUUACAACCGAUGAUAAUCUGACUUCCAGCCGCGCCUAUCCCGUCAUACAACCGACCAUACACGAGAGUGGUGUGGCGCACUAUCCCUUCGGACCGUAUAAUCCGUAUGGUUUCUACUCGCCACCGUUGGUGCGUUUCGGCCAACCGAUUGUGCCGGGUUUGCCACCAAGUCAACAGUUCCCUUAUCCACUACCGCAACAACGUUUCCCACCGCAGUUCAUGCGCCAACCGCCACCAAAUAGUGGACCACAGCUGCUGCCAACACCCAACGCGGCUGCACAACAGCCCCCACCACAAGACGGUUCGCCAGUAGAGGGUGUGGCGCCCACAGCAACACCACCAACCGAAGAACAACAACCGGUGCAACCACCAACCCAGCCACCACCACCGAAAAGCCCCGCUUUUAUGCCACCACUCGAACAAAAUCCACCCAAGCAGAUGCCUAAUGAGAAACUGCCCAUACCUUUGAACGAAUAUGGUCUACCACCAUCACUAAUACCGUUGCAGCAAUAUCCAAAUCGUAAUCCUCAAAAUCCGGUUGCACUUCCUCCAUACGCUUUCAACCAGUAUCCAGUUGUCUAUGAUCCCAUCACCGGUUAUCGUGAGCAAUAUCUACCGCCAUAUGAAUAUUUCCCCAGUCAACAUCAGCAUUUUGCCGUCGGUGGUGGACCACUGGGUGCGCCCAAACCACCAUUCCCACAACCACCACCACCUCCAUUCAGUGGACCAGCAGUAACCGCGCCACCACCGCCACAACAGUAUCCACCACAAGAUCAGCCUGAGGAAGCAGCGGCGAGUGAGCCCGAACCACAACCUGCUGAGCCACCACAGACCCCACCACCCACUGUCGAUUUUGACAGCAUAAAGAAUGCAUCGAAGAGCAAGAACAGCGCAGUGCCGGAUGUGCCGCCACCGCCAAUACCAACAGGCGGCAAGCCGCAGAAAUCCUAACGUGUUUCUAGUGGCGUGAACGGGGUUUGCACUUUACUUGGCUUAAAGUUCACUAAAUGCAUUUCAAACAAUUAGGAAAAUUCUUAUAAGUUAUUAUUGGUAAAAAAAUACUCGAGUUAAUUUAAUUUAUUGUUAACGAAAUUUUUAGUAAGAGAAUUUUGUAUUUUUGCAUUUAAUUCUUAUUUUCGCGCAUCAAUAUUAUAUUGGAUAUAUUGUAGUCAUUAAAACAUUAAUUUGUCGUAA